AUGCAGUAUGAAUCGACGUCUGAGAGCGCUUUAACUUCUCAUCGUUUGGAGAGCAUCUUACGAGAAGUUUUUGGCUUUGAUUCAUUUCGAGUCGGUCAAGCUGAGGCUGCUAGAGAAAUCUUUGCUGAUAGGGAUGUCUUUGUUUGCAUGAAGACGUCAGGAGGAAAAUCCCUAUGUUAUCUUCUUUCUGCUCUUAUUUUUCCUGGUACAUCGAUUGUGAUAAGCCCUCUGAUAUUUCUUAUGGAAUAUCAGGUUGCAACUUUAGUUGCUAAAGGUAUCAGAGUGACUAGAGUUACUCGUUUGAAGAAUGAGCAACUAGUUUCAGACAUACUUGCUAAAAAGUACAAGCUGGUUUACAUGUCGCCUGAGGCCAUUACUGCACCUUUCUGGAGAACAGCAUUGGCUGGAACUUUGCAGAAAUUUCUUUCUUUCUUUGCUGUUGACGAGGCUCAUCUGAUAGAAGAAUGGGGGUCCACUUUCAGAUCAUCGUUUAAGGAAUUGUUUUACCUUCGUUUUGUCUUGUCUGUUCCUAUUAUGGCACUAUCUGCAACAGCUCCAUUGUCUGUUGUCUCAGCCGUCACUUCUUGUUUGUGCAUGAGUGAAUGUCUUGUGAUAUCUGGAUCAUUGAAUCGUUCAAAUCCUUUCUACGCCAUUGACUCUAACAAGUCUCUCAGUUCUGUCUUCUACUUGUUAUGUUCUAAUCUAUCAUCGACCUCAUCUCUUGAAACUUUUCCUAAAGUUCUGAUAUUUUGCGUAUCUGAAGACAUUCUGAAUUACGUCCAGAGUCUGUAG